AUGGAUGAAUCCAGCAGCUCGGAUUCGAGCGACAAGAGCUUCGCCACGGCCAGGGAAAAUUUGAACUCUUCCACUGAGAGUUUCAAGUCGGCCACAAGUGACAAUGGAUGCGACGACAGCGAUCGUGUGCUAAUAGUACCAGAAGGAGGAUUGUCGCCACCAUUGCCUAGAGCUAGUAGAGCUGCCGGAGAAGAUGACCACGGUCACCAUCAAGUAGAAGAAGGAAGCGACGAGACGUCUUUGAUGCAGGUUGACGGCGACGAGAACCAAGACAAUGAUGAUGGUACUGCCGGAGAAGACGAUGCCAGCGCUCGCAAUCAAGUCGAAGAAGACAAUGACGCUUCCUCAAUUGAAGACAAUGACGCUUCCUCAAUGGAAAUUGACGACGAAGGAGAAGCAGAGGACGCCGAGGACAAAGAAGAUGAUGGUGCUAAUAGUGCUGACAUUUCUGCUAGCAAUCUGAAGCGAAAAGCCAAUGAGACGACCACCGAAAGCGUGGACCAACGAGCAACCAAAAGAUGCAGAGUGGCACCAGCACGACCAGCAGCAGCAGCAGCACGACGUCGACAAUCGCGAGCAGUUAAAAAAAAGAGUCCCCUCAAGUUUCCUCCCCCGACAGGAGAAGGAGCAAGAGCCGCAGCAGUCGCAGCAUCGAACCCUGAUCCUUUUCCAGUGCCAGCACCACCAGCAGCAACACUAGGAGCAACACCAGCAGCAACAUCAUCACCCAAACCACCAGCCGCACCAGCGCCAACACCAGCAGCAACGCCACCGGCUGCACCAACUGCAAAGGCAACUGCAACGGCAACGGCAGCAACCAAAGCAGCGCCACCAGCAACCACAGCAGCGCCACCAGCAUCAACCACCACGGCAACACCAACAGCAGGAGCACCAACUGCAACGUCAACCUCAAUGGCAACGGCACCAACUGCAACCUCAACGGCAACGGCACCAACAGCAGCAAUGGCAACAGCAAUUGCAGCACCAACACCAGCAACACCAGCGGCAACACCAACCGCAACUGCAGUGCCACCGCCACCACCACCAGCAACAGCAGCGGCAGCAGCAGGUGGAGUUGGCGGAUCGAGAGGAUCUGGGUAUCUUUCAUCUCCAUCCUCCGCCGAGAAAAGCCAAGACAGCAAGGAAUGCGAUAUUAGCUUAGACAGCGUGCUGGGUACGAAAUUCAUUGCCGAAGACUCCCAAGAUUCAGACAACAAAGCAUUGUCUCCGCUCAUCAUAGACAAAGGGCAAAAUGUGCUCAAAGGAGACUUUGGUGGUGGUCUUUCGCCAAUUCUGCGGGUGUCAUCGCCUCCUGUUUCUACUCCGAAACCUCCCACACCUCCCUUUGGUUCCGCAAGGGCUGACCAGCAAGAGUGGCAGCGAAAGCGCAAGGCUUCAACAGCAGCAUCCAAGAACACUCGAAAGAAUGAUGUUGACGAAUCCUUUGCGACAGAUGGGAAACGUACGAAGACAGCUGAUUUGCCUCCUCCAACAGUUGCAACAGUUGAGGGUACCGGUACCAGGAAAGAAGGCGAUUCUUUUGAUUCGUUGAAUCUUUCUGAAUCGAUCACAUCAACCAAUAGCAAGUCCCAAGAAGACCAUGAGAUCGGUGGAGAUUCCAAGGAUGGACAACUUGACCACGGUGAAGAUAGCACUGGUGACGACGACAGAAACUCCAACACAAGCAGCAAACCGGCGAAGAAGAAGAGCGUUCGCUUCUCCAGUCCUUCAGAUGGUUCCCCUUGGCAAUCUGGUCGUCGAUCCUCAGCUAGCUCGGCAGGGCUAAGUAUGAGCUUCUUGGGGCCGAGCUCAUCCGAUCCCAUUGACUAUGCCUCGCCCAGUGGGGUGGAACGAAUUCUGAACCAAUCCGUCCACAAGAAUACGAUGGAGGAACUGAUGCAAACGACGGCCCGCAGGAAUCAGCAAGCGAAACAAAAAGUUUUGAUGCAGCAGUUGCGACAAUCCGCUCCACUGAAAGAUAUCGACUAUGAUGCUUUGUCCAGCAACAAGUCGCCCUCAAAAGACGACGCAGAAAGCGGCAAGUCCGAGUCAGCCAUCAGCACUCCGGAAUUGAACGAUGAUGCUCGAAGUCCCAAAAGAAUGGCCUCGGAAGAGAAGCCCAACGACAGUACUCCGGAGAAGCCAGCAACUAUACCAGAGGAUGAAUUACAAGACAAGGCAGCAGCCAAGGGCGAGAAUGAAUCUGCAGAAUUCGACGGGAAGAAGGCGGCAUCAGAUGAAGAGGAUGCAUCGGCUAAGGAUGCCAACCAUGAAGGCAAGACCUUGGAAGAAGAUGCAGCUGUCGUGACGGAGGAGGAUGCUACGGUGGAUAAUGCAAAAGAGGACAACGCUGGAGAUGAAGAUGCCCAUGAUGGCGGCGCUGGUCACCAGGAGGCACCUCGGGAGAAGCGAAGGGGCACCAAGCAAAGCUCGCCUCGAAACAAGACUUCGGAAAGCCAAACUUCGGAAAAGCCAGCCUUCGGGCAGGAGGAGAAAGGAACGUCCACUCCAAAGUGGCCAGAUCAUUCAUUUCCAGGUGGUGACAUUGACGGUAAGAUCGGUGGAGAUUCCAGUCCCACAGCAGCAUCGAAGAGCACUCGAAAUGAUGAUGCAGAUGGGAAACGUACGAAGACAGUCACUUUUGCUGAUGAUUUGACCAAGAGCAAGUCCCAAGAAGACCAUGAGAUCGAUGGAGUAUCCAAGGAUGGAGCUGCUAGUACGGAGGAUGACGCUUCCAAACAACUUGUCGAGGAACAGCAAAACAGUCAAUCGGAUACCGCCGAGACGGAGUCAGCACCCAAAAAGAUGUCCGCUCUUCCGAGGAAGGAUGGGGGAGAAAAGGAAGAACAAGUAGAGGAUGGCACUUCGAAGCCACGCGAGGAAGACUCUUCGGAGCAUGAUAACGACGGCGAAAAAGAAGACGAUACAGCAAGUGGCAAGCCAGUGGAGGAACAAAACAACAAAUCAGCUACUGACGACGAUGAGGAUGACGCUAAGAAGCCACGUGGUGAAGACGCUUUAGAUCAUGAUGGCUCCGACAAAACAGCAGAACACGGCAAGAUCAGCGAAGAGUUGGAAGGUCUCGAGGUUGAGAUGCCUGCAGCCGAGUCCAGCGAGUCUAGUGAGGAGAAAGACGAUGCUGAGAUGCCUGCAGCCGAGUCCAGCGAGUCUAGUGAGGAGAAAGACGAUGCUGAGAUGCCUGCAGCAGAGUCCAGCGAGUCUAGUGAGAAGAAAGACGAUGCUGAGAUGCCUGCAGCAGAGUCCAGCGAGUCUAGUGAGGAGAAAGACGAUGCUGAGAUGCCUGCAGCAGAGUCCAGCGAGUCUAGUGAGGAGAAAGACGAUGCUGAGACGCCUGCAGCAGAGUCCAGCGACAAGGAAGACAGUGGCAGCCACGACACGUCUCGCAAGGAGAAAGACGACGAUGAUGGCAAGGAUGAGAGCCACAUGGUUGCAAGCUCAUCAGAGACGCAUAGCUUGCAAAAAUUGAUUGAUGAAGAAGUUAGCAAGCACCCAAAUAGAUACAUAUCAUGGAACGAUACAGACUGGAAUGGUUACUCCGAAGAAGACAAGAAGGAGGAGCGGAAGUCAGCUUUUUCUGCAGACAUAGCAGCAGAGAUAUGCUCUCGCUCGGCUGAAAACAUUCGCGACCUUGAUUUGGAGACCCUCAACUGCAACGCUUGCAACGACAAUGGAGAGUCCUACCUUCAUCGAUUAACUCAACGCUGCACUUGUUACGCGGGCAAACAGGCGAGAGAGUUCUCGCAAAUCUCUUGUGCCCACGGAGACAAGCUGGAGAUCCUCAUCGAACUGAAAGGAGCAUCAGCACGGGUGCGCGACGACAAUGGGAACACCCUCCUACAUACUGCCUGCAAGAAAGGUAGUUACGGAGUGAUCAACGAGCUCCUCAAGUUGACCCCAGAAUGCCUGUUUGCACCAUGCAAGGAUGGAUUGACGCCGUUUCAAUACGUGCCAGAUGGCUCGGAGUUGUAUAACAAGCUAAAGCGGUCCAUUGUGGCAGCUGUUACGCAGCUGAGUGACAGUCGCUGCGGCGGGUAUAUCUCAUGUCCGAUCAUGAACUACGAGAGAGAUCACGACGGAGUGGAGAGGUACAUAGGUAACGCAAGGAGUUGCGUGCAAGACAUGUCAAUGAUGACGGCUGAUCAGCUCGCUGUGACAUAUCGCAACAUUUUGGAGGCAGAAGUCAUGGCAAGGCUCAAAGCAUUGACACACGAACAUGUAUUAGAACAUAUGCCAAUCUCGGCCGACUCCAGUGGAGAUCCAAGCAUUGGCAACGUAAAGUCCUUGGUGUACAAACUGGGCCUUACUUCGAUAUCGAGUGGAGCACAGGAUAUUCGGGCUGUUUGCAACAAACAGAAAGGAAUCUACCUCUUGCUGUUGGAGCUCACCUUCACGAAGACCUCCGAACCAGAUGACACCAAAGUGGUAGCUACAGACAGACACUGCCUACAGCUGCGAGUGGAGGAAAAAGGAAAACGAAUCCUCGUCGACAAUUCUCCACGAGUUCGUCCAAUCAUUAUUCAACCCUCUGACCUCGAAUCUGUGGAAACAGCGGAAAAUAUGAUCAUUGGGCAUUUCUGCAAAGGAGAGCGACAGGCUGGAUUUGUAAAGAAGAUCAAGGUUGUCCAAGUACUCCAAAUCAUGCCCAAGGACAAGGCAGCCAAAUCAAACUACAAUAAGACCAAUAAGACCAAGAAGGCCAAAACCAAAACCAGAACGGACAACGUACAAAUUGAUGAACUCGAUUGGGCGUUCAAAGUGCUUGGUGGACAGCGCUUUUCUGAUGCAAUCGAAAGGCAGCCAUCGAACUUCCACGAGCUUUACAAAAACCCGAAGGAGCAGGUCAUGAAAAAGGAUGUGAUGGAAUUCUUGAGCGAUCGUUUGGGAUUGCCUGUGGAUGGCGAAAACACGCCCAAAUUGCUCAAUUGCUUGAAUUGUGAAGAGCCUGGGAUUCAGGUUUACGUGCUCAGUGUAAAGUACGAGAUCGAUGGCAAGUUUUUUUAUGAAAGGCGCGCUCUUGUAUUCCAAGUCUCGAAAUCCGAGGAUGGCGUGAAAAAAUAUUUGUACAACAACCACACAAGGGAUUCGAUGCGCUUGUUGACAGAAGACUUGUCGACCAAGAACGGCGUCGACAAGGCCUUUGAAGCUCGUCUGCCCUCUAGACUUCUUGAAGGGGACAGCAAAUACAAACACGUCAAAACCGAACUCCUCUGGGCCUUCAAGUUGAGAAACGAGUAA